AUGAGCUUAAAGUUCUCGGAAGGCGAUCUUAAUGACUUCAUUAGUCCGGGUGCUUCAUGCGUUAAGUCCACGAGGACAACAAAAUCUACAGAACAUGUAAAGAGCGAUACACAAGAAAUAGAGGUAGGUAAAGAACCAUCAGAGCUGGAGAAAGUUUCUAUAACGCUGGAAGAUUGUUUAGCAUGCUCUGGUUGUAUAACAUCUAGUGAGGAGCUGUUGCUUAGCCGACAGAGUCAUACAGUGUUUUUGGAGGCGCAUAAGCAGCUAGCCGGAAAUCGGACGCUGGUAGUGAGUGUGGCGCCCCAGGUACGACUUUCGUUGGCCCACUAUUUUGGCAUGAGUCAGAAUGACAGUGAUCGGUGCUUGGUUGGUGUUUUGGAAUCAUACUUUGGUGCUCGCUUUGUAGUUGGCACUCAGGUUGGCAGAAGUAUUACUGUGCAACAAACGAACGAGGCAUUGGGCGAAAGGGCACAGAAGGGAGAGAAAAAGCCUGUACUGUGCAGUGUAUGCCCGGGGUUUGUGCUAUAUGCAGAGAAAACGAAGCCUGGAUUGGUACCUUAUCUUCUGGAUGUGAAGUCUCCACAGCAGAUCACAGGAGCUUUGCUGAAGGAUGUUGUGCCGAAUAUGUACCACUUGUCGCUGAUGCCUUGCUUUGACAAGAAGCUUGAGGCGUCGCGUAAGGACGGCGAGGGAGAGGUAGACUGUGUACUGACACCAAAGGAGUUCGUGAAGAUGUUGGGCGAGCUUGGGCUAGAUUUUCGAACCUUUGUCAGCGAUUUUGGCAGCUUCCAGCGGUUGUCGCCGCCUGGGUGGGAUCCUCGAGUGCACUGGGCGUCUUCGGCUGGUAGUAGUUCUGGUGGCUACGCUUACCAGUAUAUCUUGGGGUUGCAGAAGUCGCAUCCUGCCACGUCGAUAGUUUCCCUGCAGGGCAAGAACGCAGAUGUUGUUGAGCACAGGCUGCUAGACGUUGAAGGCCAAGUCCUGGGUUCUUCGAGUGAGGUCUACGGUUUUAGGAAUAUCCAGAACGUCGUCCGGAGGCUACUAACAGGGACAGCCAGUAAGCGAAACCCUAAGCUACUUAGGAGGCGGGCGGGGGCAACUACGUCUGCCACGAAAACUAAUUUUGCCCAGGUUGCCAAUCCGGCAGAAUCUGAUUUCAUAGAGAUUAUGGCUUGUCCGGGCGGUUGCAUAAACGGUGGUGGUUUGCUUAGUGGCGAACAACUAAAUCCAGUACAACGGAAGCAACUCAUCUCUGAUCUCAAUUCUAAAUAUAACGCAUUGGAGUCCAUAGACAUACCCCCGCAACACAUAGAGGAACGGUACGUCUACAAAUUCCACGCACUUGAGCAGCCCAAUGAUGUUGUUUCAGUCGGCAAUACUUGGUAG